AUGGCGACUCAAGACUCCCUCAUCCCUGAGCACAAGCCCAUCGCCGAAGCUCCGCGCGCCCUCGACGCCAUCGCCGAACAAGAACGCGCCAACACCCUCCCAUCCUGGAACGCAACGGUCGCAUUUCAACUAGGAUGCGCACUGCGAACGCGCCUGUUGGUAUUCGAAAAACCGACCGUCGUGCACAUUUCGACGAUUAGUGAGCCGGGCCACGUGCUUUUUCAUGCUGUAUGCAAGGAGAUUGACGUCUUACGACAGGUAACCCACGCCGGCACCCAGCUCGACAACACAUUCUGGAUCAGCCGCAAGCGCAAAGCGGUCAUUCGGUUCGGAUGCAGCACAUGGGCUUUGCACAACAAGUUCUCGGGGGACGAAGAGGCGUUUGCGAAGAAAUUGGGGUUGGGCGCGACGGCGAAUGAGUAUGCGAUUCAUGGUGGUGGGGUGCCGAUUUAUGUCAAAGGGUGUGAGACGAUGGUUGCGGUGGUUGUUGUGAGUGGGUUGAAGCAGUGGGAUGAUCAUCAGGUUGUUGUGGAGGAGUUGGAGGGGGUGAGGAGGGGGUUGGAGAGUGGGAAGCUGUAG